CGUGUGUUAUAUAUUUAUUUACAAUGGGAUCCGACUAUAUUUAUUAGUGUUCACAAAAUUUCUAUUGUAUGAAUUUUAUUUUAUUUAUCAACACUUUUAAUAAAUAUUUGUGAAAAAUGUGUCAAAUAGUAGAAAAGAAAAUAGUGAAAGACUCGACACAUAUUCACAGCAAUAAUAGUGUUAUAAUGAGUGAUGAGAACGACAAUCAAACCGAUGUUCACUAUAAUAACGGCGAUAAUAAUGACAAUAAGAGUGAAUAUUCCGUACAAAUUGUUUGGACUAAUGUUUUUAUUAUGGGUUCCCUUCACACGGCUGCCCUCCUAGGCUAUUACCAUCUCGUCAUUGGGACGGCCAAAGGGUACACAAGUGUCUACUUUUUCUUAGUGGGAAUAUUGAGUUCGUUUGGGAUCCUCGCGGGCGCCCACCGUCUGUGGUCUCACCGCUCAUACAAAGCCAAAUGGCAGCUCCGGCUCCUGUUGGCUGUCCUCCAGACACUGGCCCUACAAAACGAUAUCUACGACUGGAGUCGUGACCAUAGAGUGCAUCACCGGUACUCCGAAACGGAUGCCGACCCACACAAUGCCAAACGGGGUUUCUUUUUCGCACACAUGGGUUGGCUUUUAUGCAAAAAACAUCCCGAAGUGAUCCGAAAAGGAAAACUGGUCGAUAUGUCCGAUAUAUGGGCGGAUCCAAUCGUGAGAUUUCAGAAGAAAUACUACUAUCCAUUGAUUGCCAUCAUAUGGCUGUUAAUACCGGUGUCGAUACCCGUCUACUAUUUUGGGGAGAGCUGGUACAUCUCAAUACUGCUCAACUGUUACCGAUAUAUUGUGUCCCUACAAAACACAUGGUUAGUCAACUCCUUGGCCCAUAUGAGGGGAUAUAAACCGUACGAUAAGCAUAUCAAUCCCCGGGAGAAUCACACUGUGGCUUAUCUAUCGUUGGGUGAAGGCUAUCAUAACUAUCAUCACACGUUUCCGUGGGACUACUCGGCCUCAGAGUACGGUUGGAAAGACAAUUUCAAUCCGGCGACGGCUUUCAUAGACUUUUUCGCGUGGAUUGGAUGGGCUUAUGACCGGAAAGUGCCCCCAAAGACCAUAAUCGACGCCCGGAUCAAUCGCACCGGCAAUAUGGCCGACAAAUAUCACCAAAUGACCCGAUUCUACACGUUAAUAGAUUUUGUAUCAGGCUUAGUGUUCAUAACGUGGCCCCUAUGGCUCUCCUUUCUACUGAAUUAUAUUUUCUUUCAAUGAGAUUUGUUUCAAUGAGUUUUGAAAGUAGUUUUUUGUCUCAAUUCCUAGUUUAACAGUAAAUCCAC